AUGACCAAGCAGCAUGUUUUCGCUUGGACGUUCAUGGCCGAGCACCUUCAUGUUGCAGGACUUCUCACGUCAACAGCAGCGCCUAAUGACUUGGCAAGCAUUGUUGCAGGGCUCUACCAUCUCGAGCCGGCAAACUUUGCUGUUGGAAGCAUCCUAUUCUCUGGACUUUUCGAAGCCAUCUGUGAGGGACGCCAGCACAGCUCGGAGGGCGUGCAGGAGGAUCUUGUUGCAAUCUUCUGCUAUCUCAUCUCUGUCUUGGAGUUUCCACGAUGGAAAGCUGAAUAUCUUUCUGAGAUGUCGCCAAAGAAGAAGCAAGGCAAGGCAGAGGGAGAGCAGGCAUUCCUUUUGGACCUUUCGUCAAAUGUGAUACUUCGCUCUCGUUUCGUUGCGAUGGCUGGGAGAGGAGAUUCUUUGGAGGAUGUCGCAACGUCAAUCAGCUCCUACGUCUAUGACCUCUGGAAGGACCCUCAAGACGUGUCGAGGACAACCAGAGAAAUAGGAAAUCGGACAAGCCAUGGUUUGAAGCACUUUGCUCUGAGCAUGAAAGCGAUUGUCGCAAGCCUGGAGCGCAGAAAGCGUUACAAAACUUAUCAGCAAGCAGCGCAGGUGACUCCACUCGUACCAGCCUUCCCCAGCGGGCAAGUGCAGUCGGCCCUGAACCACCUUCAGCUGGACCUCUGCUCGAAGUUCGGUGCAAUCGUUUCAAACAAGCACACGGAGAGCAGCGAUGACUGA